GUCUUUGAGAUUUCAUAUUGCAAAUAACCGCUAUAAUGUUAGUCGGAUUCUUGCUCCUUUUGUUAUGCCUUCUCUUCUCAGUGUUCGAUGACUCAUUGUCAGCAUCUGAGAAUAGCGAAGAGUGGCAGUCUCUGAGGUUCGUCAUGCCAAGUGGGGUCAGUACCAUUUCCAUGAACUCCAGAAUCUGCAACCAUUUAAGGAAGAACUACUGCUUGCUGGGCUAUGACUACCAAGUUAAUCAUGGGACCGCACUUUUGAAUUCAGAGCGCAUAGACAGGAUUGUAUUUGAAGAUCUUAUUCGAAGAGAAUACAAUAAAAUCAACUGGUUUUCUCUCAACAGUAAUGAAUCCUGUUGCAGAUUCCAGUCUGACAUCUACAUAAACAUUGGACACAAGAAGGGACUCUUUCCAAUCUCCUACUACGUCAGAGUGACUGACUUUUCACGUCACAACAAGAGACUCAAUUUCCUCAAG